UUUGUUUUGUUUUUGAAUCAUUUUAAAAGGUAGCACAGAAAUAAAGUGAACUUCUGACAUUAAAAAACUGUAUUCUCUUGAAAUUUGCUUUUAUUGAACUUUGCAAAUUUUAUCCUAAAAGAAAAAUUUAGGACAACAGAAACAUCAAUAAAGAUAGUUUUUAUGUAUUUUUUCGCAUAAAUUUUCUCUCUAAAUAAACGAACCAUGCAAGCUUUGUCCCAUCACUAACAUUUAUUUAUUAGUAUGCAGGACGUACCCAGUAAACUGGAAUUCAAUGCUGAAUUAUUUAGAUAAAAUUGUUGCUGUUAAAACCAAAUUGUCAAAUCAACUAAGUGGUAGUUUGGAAAUACAAAACUCAAAUUGGUCUGUGCAAAAAGAUCAACAACAUUAUGUGCAACGUUAAUACUGCUGUAGCUGCCAUGAUGUUACCAAUUCUACAGUCGGUAUUAGAAGAAUUAGAAUCAAGUGAAGAAAUGAGAACCAUGCUACUGCUUGCAGUAGCCUACUCCGCAAAUAUUGGAGGGACAGGGACACUCAUUGGUACUGGACCAAAUGUUGUGAUUUAUGAGACGAUAAGUAAGUGUGAGGGACAACCGAUUAAUUUUUUAUCCUGGUUAUAUUUCUCAAUUCCUCUUCUUCUUGUAAACCUUAUCAUUUCCUGGGUUUGGCUUCAGGUUGUUUUUAUUGGAGCUCCAUGGAAAAACACACAACUUAUAAGUUCAGAGAAAGAAGUAAAGAUAAAAACUUUGCUUCGAGCUCAGCAAGAAGAACUUGGAAGAGUAACUAGAGAGGAAUACACUGUCAUAUUUUGUUUUUCAUCACUUGUGCUUCUUUGGCUCUUCAGGGCUCCUGGCUUCAUUGAUGGAUGGAAUAUUAUUAGUUCAGUAGCAAUAGCUGAUGCCACACCAGCUAUCUUCGUGGCUGUUCUUCUUAUGGCUGUUCCAAAGGCCUCCGGAGAGAUGUUUCUACCAUGGCAGGUGAUAGAGAAGAAACUGCAAUGGGGAGUAAUUAUAGUGAUAGGUGGAGGAUUCGCUCUGUCUCUGGGACUUGAAAAAUCUGGUCUGACCACCUUGGUUGGUCAUCAGCUGGCCAUGUUUCAGGAUUGGAACAGAGGUUUAUUAAUGUUUGUUAUACAAGCAAUAGUUUCACUAAUAACUCAAGUGGCUAGUAACUCUGCAACAGCAAGUAUGCUUUUACCUGUUCUACUCAAACUUUGCUUAACUAUUAAGAUGAAUCCAUUAUAUUUGCUGCUCCCUGCUGCUUUAUCAUGUAGUUAUGCUUUUAUUUUACCAGUGUCUACGGGACCAAAUGCUUUAGUGUAUGAGGCGUCUGGAAUGAAAAUCUGGUCUAUGGUGAAGGCUGGACUUGGCCUGAAUUUUAUAACCUUGUUUUCUACAGGUGGACUUGUACAGUUGUACGGUACUGCUUUGUUUGAUCUUCAAUCUUUCCCGGACUGGGCUCAAAACUGUACAAUUAGUCCUUAACAAUGUUUUUGUACAUACACGGUUACCCACAAAUGAUGAGGUUUUUAGAUACGACUGUGCGGAAUUUAUUCUAAUGUUCCAUGCAAGACUCUUUUUUGUCAAAUUGAUUAUUGAUCUGAUAGCUUUACUAAAAGUUAUAGAGGUCGUCUUUUAAGUCCUAUAUUUUGUUGGUAACCAUGCAGAUAAAUUUUCUGAACAUAUCAAAUUGAGGGAAUCAAAUAAAUUAAGUCAAUUCAUGUCAACAGUAUUUAAAAAUAUGGCUUGUCUGUCAGUUUGUUUGUAUCCA